AUUUUGAUUUUUUGACCAAGAUCUCCUCUCCUCUUCUCACUUUCAUCCGUCUCAUUCACACAAAAGCUCUCGUUCUUGAGCAGUCGGAAUGUCCGGAAAGACAGUAGGGAUACUGGUCAACAGCCUUCUUAGACUUUCAUGAGUCGUAAACCGACCACCUGAAUCCAAAUGUAGGAGGCGGCCAGCUCGGGCGCAUGCUUGUCGCGUCGGCCUCCCUCCUCAACAUCAACGUCGUCAUCCUCGACCAGGGCCCGAACGCACCCGCCAAGCAGAUCGCCGCACCCCGCACGCCAGAGCUCGCGCAUGUCGACGGCGCGUUCUCGGACCCUGCCAAGAUCCGCGAGCUCGCGGGCAAAGUGGACGUUCUCACCGUUGAGAUCGAGCACGUCGACGCGCACGCGCUAGCGGAUAUCGAGAAGGAGACGGGCAAGGCGGUGCACCCCGCCCCGCGGACAAUCCAGAUCAUCCAGGACAAGUUUGCGCAGAAGGAGUGGCUAGCCAAGGCGGGGUGUGCGGUUUCGGGGUUUGUGGAUGUUGAUAGUACGCCAGAGGCGAUAAGGCAAACAGGGGAGAAGCUGGGUUACCCGUUCAUGCUCAAGAGUCGGACGCUUGCGUACGAUGGGCGGGGCAACUUUGUUGUGGAGAGCGCUGACAAGGUAGAGGAUGCACUCAAAGCGCUUGGUAACCGACCGUUGUAUGCGGAGAAGUGGGUCCCGUUUGCAAAGGAGAUCGCAGUCAUGGUCGUGCGCAGUGCGUCUGGAGAGGUGCGCUCGUACCCCGCCGUGGAGACCGUACACAAGGAGAACAUCUGCCACCUUGUCAUCUGUCCUUUGCGCAGCUCGGACCCCGCUGUUGCUGCACGCGCGCAGGACGUCGCUGAAGAGGCUGUAAAGACGCUGGAGGGCGCAGGCGUGUUUGGUGUGGAGAUGUUCCUCCUCGAUGACGGCAAAAUUUACAUCAACGAGAUCGCCCCGCGCCCACACAAUUCAGGCCACUACACCAUCGAAGCCUGCGAGACCUCACAAUACGAGAACCAUCUCCGCGCCAUCCUCGACCUCCCACUCGGCUCCACCUCUCUAAAAGUCCCCUCUGCGAUCAUGCUCAACAUCCUCGGUGCCUCUCCCUCUCUAUCCGAAAUUACCUCCUUCGCCGAUUUUGCACUCACAGUGCCGGGGUGCGCUGUGCACCUCUACGGCAAGGCCGAGUCCCGCAAGGGUCGCAAGAUGGGGCACAUCACCCUCACAGGCGACAGCGACGCACAGGUCCGCGCGCGCCUACGGCCCCUCCUCGAGCGCCUCCCAGGCGGCCCAUCGUCCGCCGAAGAACUCGAAUGCUACGCGCCGCUCGCGCCUUCCCCCGGCGCGGGCUUUGCUCACAAGGCCCCGCUCGUGGGCAUCAUCAUGGGCUCGGACUCGGAUCUCCCCGUGAUGCUCCCUGCCGCGCGCGUGCUCGACAGGUUCGAGAUUCCGUACGAACUCACGAUCGUCUCCGCGCACCGCACGCCCGACCGGCUCGUGUCGUACGCGCGCAGUGCGACCUCGCGCGGCCUGCGGGCGGUCAUCGCGGGCGCGGGCGGCGCCGCGCAUCUGCCCGGCAUGGUCGCGGCAAUGACGGCGCUGCCUGUGAUCGGGGUGCCCGUCAAGGGCAGCUCGCUCGAUGGUGUGGACUCGUUGCAUAGUAUCGUGCAGAUGCCCCGAGGCAUCCCAGUUGCCACAGUCGCCAUCAACAACAGCACCAAUGCGGGCCUGCUCGCGGUGCGCAUCCUCGGCGCGGGCAUGCCGCACCUUUUCGUUGCCAUGGACGCGUAUCUCAAAAGCAUGGAAGACGAGGUGAUGGGCAAGGUUGACAAGCUCGCCGAGGUAGGAUGGGAAAAGUACGAGGUCAAGCGGUGAUCCCUCUUUAUCCAAAACUAAGCUCCGUUGAGAGGUGUUAGUUGCAAGACACACGAUGCCUGCCGAGACUUAAGAUUGAUGUGCUAAAUGACGUACAUACACAAACAUGCUGAGGCCGAAGCUACGUUCGAAAGCG